CCCACCCGCCCGAUCGCCGGACAAAGCCUCGAGAGUCCCCGCGCCACGGCCAUGUCUUCGUCCGCCGGCAGCGGCCACCAGCCCAGCCAGAGCCGUGCCAUCCCCACCCGCACCGUGGCCAUCAGCGACGCCGCGCAGCUACCUCACGACUACUGCACCACGCCCGGGGGGACGCUGUUCUCCACCACGCCCGGAGGAACCCGAAUCAUUUACGACCGCAAGUUCCUGUUGGAUCGUCGCAAUUCUCCCAUGGCUCAGACCCCGCCUUGCCAUCUGCCUAACAUCCCUGGAGUCACUAGCCCUGGCACCUUACUGGAGGACUCCAAAGUCGAAGUGAACAACUUGAACAAUCACGACCGGAAGCAUGCCGUUGGGGAUGAUGCUCAGUUUGAAAUGGACAUCUGACUCCCCCGCUGAGAAGACGCAAGCGGACGGACGCAAGAGGCCUGCACGCGCCUCAUCGGGCCAAUGGAUCAACAGUGCAAAGAGGCAGGACAAGCAGUGCCCAGUGCCGUCUCCUCCCUUCCUCCGGGUGCCGGUGAUGGGAAGACGAGCCUCAUCUGACCUCCUCUCCUGUCUCUAUCCCCUGCCAGUGAACAGAUUAGGUCGAAGGCCCUUGGAGUUUUCUGUAGAAUUAAACAGUCCAUAGAGGAAAACAGUUAAAACUGUAGCUUCCCCCAUCAUUUCUCUACUGGAGAACCUUCCUGGUCCCUGUCACACUCAUCCCAAAUCUAUGGUCCGUCUCAGCAGCAUCUCGCUGGGGCAGCUGAGGGAGGCCUUUGGAGGUUUGACAGGACCAUUGCUGUCUAUGUUCUUUCUUCUGUCUCUCCUCCUGUUAUCCCACUGCUGACUCAGUGCCUAGCCUGGGUCUUUAAAACCAGUAAGGGAGGAUGAUGAACACCUUGAGGUGUUUGUCCUUGGGGACAGCCCAGCUUGUGCCUCUCCAGCAGCAUCCCCUGGGGCACUGUUUUCAAGUCUGCUCCCUCUUGGCUUUUUAGAGGAAUGUCUUCUGUCUUUGGUAUGAUAGUUCAUCUUCCCAUUCCUUUACUUGGCAUAUCUGGACAGGUAUUUUUCAACUCUCCAACUUAGAAAGGAGCCCUCAGUAGCCAGCUAGUCUUUGUUUUCUGCCAUUUCUCCUGCUUACCCCUUGCGUGCAGAGUCCUUGUGUGCUCUGGGAUGUCCAGGUAGUUCUGUCUGCUCCCAGGGUCGGUCCAUACGAGGUGACAGUAGCACUCUGGUGGAUAGUCCUGGCCACUCUAGUCUGCCUGAAGGGUGCCGAAGGAUGACCCCUGGAGACUUCUGAACUCUGCUUGAGUACCCACAUCAGUAGUUGCGAUUUUAAAAUCCAAUGGACUUUGGGAUUUCUUUUGUCUUGGAUUAUAGUUUCUGAUGCUUUGAAUUUAAAAUUGACUUCCAGAAUGUUCUUAGAAAAGAACUACUCCCUCUUCCAGUUUGAAUCUGCUUUGUUUGGCUGCUGAGAUAGAUAAGCAUGAACUUAUUAAAAACGUGUUCCUCCUCGUUCCCUUGCCAUUCCCAUUGUACUCAGACCCUCUUUCCUUCUCUCCUCCAUCCUCUCUCCCUCUCUCUUGUCAUUUCCUUCCCUUCUCUUUGCCACGCCAUUUCCAAAUCUACAUCAGAGAUACCUCACAUUUUGGUAUCUGAUAAUAUCUGUCACCCCUAUUAUCUAAGGGAUGACCUUUUAUUUUUAAGAUAACUACAGACCUAUUUUUAGAUAUGCUUUCAAUACAAUUUUGAACAGCAACUUUGUUAACAGAGCAUCUUCCAGUGUGAGGAAGGUUAGAAUGCUGUAGGCAAGUCUGCUGCUCUGCGUCACCGUCCUGUCUCCCACAGGUCCCGUGGGGUGCUCCCUUCCCUUGGGGUUAGGGAUGAGUAUUUCCAGUCUGGAGUUUGAUGUGGGUGGUUUGUGAAACUGGACCAUUUUGUCUUGCUUUGAGUUAUUCAAAAAAGCCUUGUCCUUCCCAGUACCCCUUCCCACCUUCCUUUUCUCCCUGCCUCCCUCCCGUUGCCCUGGUGCUGUGGACUGGCACAGUGAUGGCUCCCUGGUAGAAAGGCUGAUGCGUGCAUCCCCUCAAAGGAAGACAAGUAAAGUGACCACUGGUGUCCUAGGCAUUUCUGGUUGAAUGGGUGCCCUGAACCCUCUUACUCAGAGACCAGAGCCCCUGUGGCUAGAAAGGAAGCUGUUUUCCUUAUGAAUGGUGAAAAGACCCUAUCAGUGAACCUCUGGGAAAAAGGAGGAAGGGCGUCUGCAGAGCUUGGUGCUGUGUACUGCUACCAAUGUGAACAAUUUGGCGUGAACCCUUUGUGAUGGUUGAUGUCUCAGGAAUUAGCUGGAUCUCCAGUGUUUUGGGGAUGCUUUGAGUCUCAACAUUGAUAAUCAGAAAAGUAUUUUUCAUUGCUUACUGUAUCCCUAUUUUGAUUUGAAUUAAACUUCAAGUUUCUUUCACAUGUUCCUAGACACGCAUAAGUUGUCCUGUCGCUGGCGCAAGCAGCUUGCCCGGGACCUCUUUGUACCAUGGUUCUUAGGGAGCAAAGAUCUUCUGCUUCUUCACACACUGGUGGUGGCAUCCCAUGGACUGUGCCUCCGGCUCGCGGCUCGGAGCUUGUCACUGAGCAGUGAGCACCCACUGCCUCGCUGGGUUGCUGUCUGUGGCCUCUUGGCUUCUUCAUGGGCCCACAACCAAAAAUGGAUUUCAGACAUGAGAGUUCAAGUAGCAUCAAGACUCUUUACCCCUUUCUUGGCAUCCUAGGGAGUCUACAUAUGCCCCCACUCAGGAGGAUGUUGCCUGUAUUCGUGGAGAAUGGCGACUGCCUGGUGCAGAGCUUAUCUUUGACCUCCAUAAAUCAACUUUGUACAAAUAAUUGCACAAGAGAGAAGCUUCCAUCAGGUGACAUCUCCCUUUCUCUCCCUCUCUCUCUUUCUUCUAUUUUAUUUGCAAGCAGAGAGAAGAGAGAGAAUGUCACUAGGGCCUCUAGCCAAUUUGUGCAUCUGGCUUUACAUGUGUAUUUGUGAAUCUAACUCAGGUCAUUAGGUUUUGCAGGCAAGCACCUUAACCGCUGAGCCAUCUCUGCAGCCCCUAGGUGAUGUCUUUAUUGCAUACAGUCAGGUGGUGCACCUCUGGGUGCUUAGAAGGAGCCUCACAAUGGUGAUCACGCCCCUAGAUGGAAAGAUGUGCUAUCCUCAUAUGCUUCACAACCUGCAGAGGGCACCACGUCAGAGGAGGAGCUCCUUUUUUAUGGGAACCUCUUUCUCAACUUGUGACAAUCAGUCUUGAUGAGAAGGGGCCUCAUCAGAUCUAGCAAGGACACAGCCAUCUCGGUUCUCUGCAACAGCAUUUGUCAGACGCCCCAGUACUCUGGUUCUGUUGAAGCUGGUACCGCGUUCUCCACAGCCCUGGAGGAGGAAAGUCAAAGUGUCAACUCUGCACUGGGCUGUUACCAUGUAACAAAUGACUUCCUGCUUCACUGUGUUAAGCUGGCAGUCACCUUCCUGUGGUUUCUCUGGGGUCUCCUGAGGAUACAGGCAAAGUGGAUGGGCAGAAAGGUAGCAACGGUCAGUGAUGGCACAUUGCUAUCAAAACAGGGAUAGAAGGUGCAUUUCUUUCUCUCCAAAGACCUAGUGGUCUCAAAGGAGGUGGCAAGAAAUUUCCAAAGCUAAUCCUACCCUAGUGUGAGCGCCAGCAGCGCAGAGGUGUCCUGGGCCUCGCCACCUGUUUCCCUUUAGUCGGGAGUUGCCCGGAAAGGGGUUGGAGCCUUCCACCCGAGCUGCUUUAAGGGUGGGGCAUCCGCAGGCAGAGGGGGCAAGAGACAAGCAGAUGUCGGGCUAGUGGGUUGUAAAGGGAAGCCAAAGGGUGAAAGAUGCCUGCUAUGGAAGGGCCUGAUCAGGCCACUCCAUAAACAAGGGACCGCCUGCCCGUAGGGGCCUUGCAUGGGUUAGCGCCCCUUGCCCUGGCCUUCUUGAUGGGCUCCUGAAGGGAGCAGUCUUGUUCUCACCCUCAAGGCAAACAGUGCUGACCCCCCAGGGCCACACAUUCUUAGCAAAUGUCUGCUGCGUCUCUUGCACCCACUGCCAGCCACCUUCAGCCAUUUCGGACUUAAGACAAGUGAAUUCUCGUUGGGGGUUUGCGCGGGCUGGGCCCCUCACGGUGGUUUCCUCCCUGCUCCCCUGCUUGCUUUAGGGUGCGCUUGGAUAUGCACUGCUGCUGAGCAGCCAUGAAGAGCAGAACUCCUCUUUAAAGUGCCAAUCAGUUUUUUAUUUCUGAUUUUGAGGUAGAGUUUUUGUUGCUGCUGUUUGUUUUUAGCCGUUUGGGUUAUUGUUUUCUUGAGACUCUCAGACCUUGCUGUCACUGUUUAAACAGCGCAACCUCACACGUCCAUCAGACACAGCUCAGUCCGGGCCUCACCCCUACAGCCACCAAGUCAGGGCUCGGGUGCUGGCAGCCGUGGACCACGACAGAAGCUCUGGGCCACCUCUCCACCAGCUGUUUGUAGCAGGGCCCUUGGUCCUUUGCAGUCCCUCUAGAAGGGAGGCACUACUGUCUUAGACUAUUUUGUGCAGAACUGUCCUCACGUUUUCUGGACUGCAUGCACUCAGCAACUAUUUAUUAACCUGCGAGACCCAAUCACUCAGCCCAUCCUUAUUCAGUGAGGUUAGGAUAUACAGAAACGCGGUUUCUGUCCGAAUUUUGAACGGGUAUAUGGUGACCCCACAGCUCUUCACCCUCAGCUUGUAGUGGCGGAUGAGAUGGGGGAGGGCUGCCGCAGGGGAAUCACGAUCUUCGGUGCCGUGGUCCAGGCACAUAGCCCACUCCGGCCCUGGGGUUCGCUGUUAGUAGUGGGCUUUCCCUCAGCUCAGACAUGUCAAAUGAAGACUGAGGAUAAGCAAGCGGCACAUCUGUGACUCGGUUUAAGUGGUCUGUGGUUUCCCUUCACUUGAGCUCUGCCUGCAGCCCCAGUGGACUGUAUUGCUUGCCAUAGAUUCCUGGUGGGAAAUGGUCCUGAGUUGAAACGCACUGUGUCAAGAGCCUCCCCCCCCCCUUCGGACAGGCGACGGGUGGAGAGGUGCUGCCAUGCUCGGUCACUUGGACAUGUUGAUGUUUCCAAAGGGAGCUCAUGCUGGUGCUUAAAACCACCCUCCUAGACAUUGCAGUCUUCAGAGAAGUCUGAGAAUGCAACAGAAACUCCCAGGCCCUUUCUCCAAGCCCAGGCCAACAGGAAUUGUUCACGAGGCCCACUACUGGGAGGCGAGAGGUCAGCGGCCUGCAUCCCUGCCAUUGAGCUGCUCGACAGUGCCUUUCUACCACCCCGUUCCACCUGGACAAGAGUCAUACACCUCUAGGUGCCAGGAAGGUCCCUGGGGACACGCAUCCUCAGGCACCUAUUUUAAGCAUCUUUGUAAGUAUUUUGUAUGAGAAGCCCUUCCCUCUCCGGUGCUGCCAAGCGUAGCUGUGUGCCAUGCAAACACGGGCCACCAGCACUCUCCCCAUCCUCCCUGGUGUGCCGUCUCCCUCCACCUCUCUCCAUGCACCUGCAGCCGUGGGUAGCGGGGUGCCAUGCUAUCCCAAGGCAGGUCUGUGUGUGUCCAUGACUGGUUUUGUUUGAGCUGUCCUUCCAAGCCAGAAAACGUUUGGAAGUGGGGGGUGGGGGGAAAUUCUCACCAAUGGUUGCUGUUACUGUUAAUAAAGACCUUGACUAUCAA